AAGGUUGCGUAGGACUAUUCCUUGGACACCAACAGUCAUCAGUAGCAAAAAUGAAGAAUCAAAGUUUGCUUAGAUGGGUUUCUCUCGCCCUGGCGAUUUUCAUCAUCCUCGUCCAGUCCCAUGCAGCAACACAAACGCAACCCAUUUUAGAUAAUCUCACAAUCGAGAGCUUCAUCAACAGAACUCUCCAGUGGAGAAGAAGUAGUACUCAUCAUCCGUUAAAAUCACAUGGAAACUUGAAGCUAUCAACCUCUUCAGUGGUAGCAGGCGUGUUGAGCUUCGUAGCUGCCUCCAUAUCCAGCGCUGGAGGUGUUGGUGGUGGAGGGUUGUUCAUCCCCAUUCUCACGAUUGUGGGUUCUUUGGACCUCAAAACCGCCACGAGUUUCUCGGCUUUCAUGGUCACAGGAGGGUCCAUUGCGAAUGUUAUGUAUAACUUGCAAGCCAAAAGUUCCAAGUUCGGAGGAAAGACAUUGAUUGACUAUGAUAUAGCACUUUUAUCAGAGCCAUGCAUGCUAUUAGGUGUAAGUGUGGGAGUAGUUUGCAACCUUGUGUUACCAGAGUGGUUGAUCACCAUCAUGUUUGCCAUUUUUCUUGUUUGGUCUACCAUCAAGACAUGUAGAAACGGUGUCAUGUUUUGGAAAAUGGAAUCGGAUAGAAAUCUAGGAGCUAGAAACGGGUAUGAAAACUUGGAAACUGGUAAAAGUGGCGAGGUUAAGAGUGUAGAAGAACCUUUAGUGAGCAUGGAAGGAAAAGAAACUCCCAGGUUCCCAUGGAAGAAAUUGGUGAUCUUGAUUAUGGUCUGGUUUUCCUUCUUGAUCAUCUAUCUCAUUCGCGGGAAUCGCUAUGGACAGGGUGUCAUACCACUGAAGCCUUGUGGAAUAGGAUAUUGGUCUCUCUCAUUGUUUCAAAUUCCUCUCGCCAUAGCUUUUACAGCAUGGAUCCUUCGCAGACAAGAGCCAAUUGCAUGCCGAGGUCCAAAUAACCGGGGAGUUAACAAGCUAAUUUUCCCCUUAAUGGCUCUAAUGGCUGGAGGCUUGGGUGGACUUUUUGGAAUCGGAGGUGCAAUGCUUAUAAGCCCACUUCUACUUCAACUUGGAGUAGCCCCUGAGAUUACAGCGGCUACUUGUUCCUUCUUGGUUUUCUUCUCGUCCACAAUGUCUGCGUUUCAAUACUUAUUAUUGGGCAUGGACCACAUUGGCACUGCCCUUAUAUUUUCAGUCAUUUGCUUCGCCGCAUCGCUUCUUGGAUUGGUGGUGGUGCAGAAGGCCAUAAAACAGUUUGGAAGGGCAUCCCUAAUCGUGUUCUCAGUUGGUACAGUGAUGGCUUUGAGUGUCAUUUUGAUGACUAGCUUUGGAGCUCUUGAUGUUUGGGACGACUACUCAUCGGGAAAUUAUAUGGGAUUCAAACUACCAUGUUAAAAUCAAAUUCUGUUAAUUUGCUUAAUAAUCAACUGUGUUUUACUUCAGCUUUGUAAUGAAGAUGUAGCUUUAAUGGAAGCGGGAGGAAUUAAA